AGCAGCUGCGGAGAGACGGAAGAAAGCGAGCGACGUCAAGUGUCGCAGUCCAGUGAGCCAGGCGAGCCCGAGAAGACGCAGCCCGUGCCUCACGUUCCGUGCAAAAUGACACAAAAUUUGCGCAGAUCGGCUGAGCACUAGAGCCCCUGGAGAGCAGACCUCAUCGUCAGCGCAGUGGUGUUGUGAACAAAUGAACACUGACGCCGAGAUGGAAGUUGGCAUAGUGGAGCCGGCCGAGUACCCCAACCCCAUGGCCACGCAGGAACGCCGCAAUUCCUCCUCGUCGACGCACCGCACGCGCGUCAACUCGUGGUCGCGACGCAGGUCCAGCCUGCUCGGCUGGAGGAUCCCCGUCACCCAGAUCAGGGAAUACGGACCGUUAAACGACUACACUCAGCGGCUUCGGCUACGUGUCGUAGCGGGGCACAAUCUUGCCAAGAAGGACAUUUUCGGAGCCAGUGACCCUUACGUAAGAAUAGAUCUCAACACAAUCGAAGGCGAUGAGACGAUUGACUCGGUCAUGACCAGGACAAAAAAGAGGACUCUGGAGCCACAGUGGAACGAGGAGUUUAUCUUCAGGGUCAAGCCGUCCGAACAUAAAUUGGUGCUGCAGGUUUUUGAUGAGAACCGACUCACCAGAGACGAUUUUCUUGGUGUUGUCGAACUGACCCUGCAGUUUUUGCCAAAGGAGCAGGAAGGCCGUGUUAUUCUGCCCAAGCAAUAUAUUCUCAGGCCCAGAAGUGCUAAGUCGAGAGUAAAGGGCUUCCUAGAGAUUUACCACGCGUACAUUCGAGACACGAACGCGGGCAGCACCGACGAGGAGGAGCCAGCACCAGUGGAAAGAGAACCAGGCUGGGAAAUGGUCGAUUCGACCAACUCAACCGGCUCUGUCGAGACUCCGGCGCAGCCAGUCAAUGUUCCCAACCAGGAACAAUCUUUGCCCCUUCCUGCUGGUUGGGAGGAGAGACAAGAUGCCAACGGCAGGACCUAUUUCGUCAACCACAAUGCCAGGUCGACGCAGUGGGAACGCCCUACACCGGAGGGCGGCAUCAAUACAAUACAAACCAACGCAGCUCAGCAUGAAAGGAAUAUGGAGUCGGCAGCGACGGAGUUCCAGCGCAGAUUCCACAUAAGCGUGGACGACCUUGAAUCGAACAGGAGUUCAGGGUCCUUGUCUCAGGAGGAUGAGGAGGUUGAGAAUCAGGGUGAAAUCAGUAGUGAUGAUGGUAGGGAUGGAGAGGAAGACAGUGAUUACGACGAAAACUCGCCAGAAGUGGAGGACGAGGACUUGAUUAUCGAAGAUUUUGAGCGGCCGGCCACUCCCGAGUCGGUUGAACAGGCGGAGGAAGUGAUUGCCGAGUCGGAUUCUCAAUUAGAUAUUGCCAGUGCGGGUGUGAGUGGCAGGCGUGAGUCGAUCAUCGAUUAUGGGUUGGCGAGAUUAAUGCUGACUGAUGAAGAGAGGGAAGCUGAGGGUGAUGCAACUGACUCUGGUAAUAACGAACCUCGGCCAAGAAGUGACUCUGAAGCUGUGCAAAUUCCUACUGAGGCAAGACUACAGGCAUUAGGCCUGACCUCCGAAGGCCUGCCGCCUGGCUGGACGAUGCAGAUGGCGCCAAACGGCCGAGUUUUCUACAUCGACCACAAUGAGAGAGCGACAACCUGGGUGGACCCUCGCAGUGGGCGCGCCAGUCCGAUGCCAAACCAAGUUCACAACCCCUCCAUCAAGAAACCUGAGGACGAACUGGGACCCUUGCCAGAAGGCUGGGAAGAGAGGAUUCACACUGACGGUCGCAUUUUCUUCAUUGAUCACAAUACAAGAACGACUCAGUGGGAAGACCCUAGACUGUCGAAUCCAAAUAUAGCCGGGCCUGCCAUUCCUUACUCAAGAGACUACAAGAAGAAAUACGACUACUUCAAAUCGCAGUUGAAAAAGCCUAACAAUGUACCUAACAAAUACGAAAUUAAAGUGCGCCGGUCGCGCAUUCUCGAAGAUUCGUUCAACGCCAUCAGCAACGUGAACAGGCAUGAUUUGCUCAAAACCAAACUGUGGAUAGAAUUCGAGGGAGAGGUCGGUUUGGACUACGGCGGCUUAGCGCGAGAAUGGUUCUUCUUGCUUUCGAAAGAAAUGUUUAACCCCUAUUACGGACUCUUUGAGUACUCGGCUAUGGACAACUACACGUUACAAAUCAACCCGUUUUCCGGCCUGUGCAACGAGGAGCAUUUGAAUUACUUUAGGUUCAUCGGUAGAAUAGCAGGAAUGGCUGUUUAUCACGGAAAACUAUUGGAUGCCUUUUUCAUUCGUCCAUUUUACAAAAUGAUGCUGGGAAAGCAAAUCGACUUGAAAGACAUGGAGAGCGUGGACUCUGAAUAUUACAAUUCGCUGCUGUGGAUCAAAGAGAACGACCCAUCUGAACUGGAACUGACUUUUUCCGUUGACGAAGAGAGCUUUGGCCAAACCUCGCAGCGGGAGCUCAAGCCGAACGGAGCAAACAUUGCACUGACAAACGAAAACAAGGACGAAUACAUAAACCUUGUCAUCGAGUGGAGAUUUGUAGCGCGAGUGAAAGAACAAAUGCAGGCCUUCCUGGAAGGAUUCAGCGCUUUGGUGCCUCUGACCCUAAUCAAAAUUUUUGACGAGAAUGAGCUCGAGUUGCUGAUGUGUGGCAUCCAGCACAUCGACGUCAAGGACUGGCGACAAAAUACCCAUUACAAGGGUGACUACCACCCCAAUCAUCUUGUAGUACAAUGGUUCUGGAGGGUGAUUUUGUCUUUCAACAAUGAGAUGAGAGCGCGUCUCCUGCAAUUUGUGACUGGCACUUCUAGAGUACCGAUGAAUGGCUUUAAGGAGCUCUACGGCAGCAAUGGACCACAGUUGUUUACCAUAGAAAAGUGGGGCAGUCCAGAAAAUUAUCCUAGAGCUCACACAUGUUUCAACCGAAUUGACUUGCCGCCAUACGAGUCUUACCAGCAGCUGCGAGACAAGCUCGUCAAGGCCAUCGAAGGCUCGCAAGGAUUCGCAGGAGUUGACUAAGAGAGGUUAUUGCACCACCUUGCCGUGAUGCUUGCCCAGAGGCUAGAUUUGUUGGUUUCUUUGUUCAGAUUUUGAUGUGAAACGGUAAAAGAAAGUUUUAAUAUCCUAAAUUUACGCGCGAAAGGUGGUGAUAAUACGAGAUUUUCAUUUUUUAUCAAUUAUGUGUAACUCGUUAAGUUAAUUGGGCAAUGCGACAACAACUGUGAUUAUUUCAUUUACCUGUUUUAUAAAUAUACAGUACCAUGUUAAAACUUUAAAAAUACUAUAUAUAUA